GAUCGAUUUACGGAAUACGUGAAGGAAGUCGACGACAUUUUCCGCCUGGUACACACCACAAGUUUCAACGUGUCGUUACAAGCCCUGACGGUACUCUUCCAAUUAUGUUCACAUCGUCCGGAAAUUCGUGAUCGGUACUAUCAAACGUCUCGCGGUCCUACUGUGUUGCAUCUAAUUUAUCGCAGUAUGCUCAGUGAUCCCGAUGCCGACCGGCGUGCUGCCUUCGCUCAACGUUUGCUGCAAUUGUGUUUGGCACAUCCGCAACCGGGUUUCGUUGUUGGGUCACUGAUACUACUUAGCAAGGUUCAAGUUGCCAAACAGAAUCUGAUUAUCGGCUCACAGAUACCAGUCUCAACCAACGACUCGCAGAUUGUUUCGUCCGCUGGCCACUCAAACUUGACUGAGAUGGUGUCUGCUGGGGACUAUGAGGAGGAAGAGGAGGAACACUUCUCCGACGCUCCAGAUUCCGAGGUCGAACUGGAUGCACUGUCAACCCACAUUCCGACAUCGAAAACUGCCGCAACAUGGGAACAUCGGCGGCUCAUGGAAUCUGGAAAGUCCGGUGGCAAGCAAACCAAGAUAUCAGCGUCCCAAAAGAGGAUGAAAUUUGGUGGUUACGAUCCGGAAGCUCGAGAACCAUUGUUUGCUCGUGCUGGGGGUUAUCCAACCUGGCCACUUGUGCUGCUUUGCAAUCAUGCACAUCCAUCUGUCAGUUUAUUGGCAAAAACUCUACUCGCCGGGGACGUGGUGUCCUACACAGGAAAUCCAUUUGACGAUUUCUCGAUGCUUCACUUUCUGGACCGAUUUGCUUACAAAAAGCCAAAAUCAAGCAAAUCUAAAGCGACUCCGAAUGCCAAUCAGAAACAUAGUACGUUCUCUCAUUUUACUGCAUCUUAG